AGAAAAACUUUGUCGCUAUCGAGACUCGAGAGCGUUCAGCCGACACCGUCCGUUUCGCUCCCCCCCAAACCCCAACGGUUCUGCGCCGCCGGCGAUGGACGCCGCGGGGGUCGCAGCGAAGUUCCGGGCCCUCGAUGCCGAGCUCGCCGCCAAGUCCUCUCGCGUCGCGGAACUGGAGGCCAGGGUCUCGUUCCUCGAAGCCGAGAACGCGCGAUGGAGAAAGGCGCUGGCGUGUCUUGCUGCAGGCGACGAGGAUCCGAAAUCUGGCCGGUUGGCGGGGUUUCUUCUACGCGGGAGCAAGCGCGAGUCAGCCGAGAAGCCGGGCGGGAGUGUGGCGUGCGAUGUAAUUGAGGUCAGUGACGACGAAGAAGAGGGGGUUAGGGUUACUGUUGAUGCCAGCAGCAAGGGGAGAAGCCCGGAGGAGGAGGGCGUCGUUGCCGACCCGACUCCUCGGAAGCGCGCGGUGCGGGCGGUGGCCGGAGAGAGCGAGGAUGAAGACGUCGCAGAGGGAGGCGGUGGAAGCAGCAGGGGAAACAGUGUGGGUGUGGGUUUGGAGGACGACGAUGUCUUGGUGUCGCCACGGGGUAGGAAGCGUGCGGCGGCGCGGCUGGUCACCAGUGAUAGCGAGGAUGAGGAUGCAAAUGACGGUAAGCAUGGUGUUGAUGAUCCGGGGGAAGGUGGUAAGCCCAGCAAGAAGCGUCGAUUUUGCGGAAUCUGUGACAGUGACGAUGAGGAUGCCACUGAGGGUGUUGAUGUGGUUACUUCGAAGGCUGCUUCACCGGCGCAGAUUGAGAGUGGGGAGGAUGAGGAUGAUAUGAUUCCCAUUUGUCAGGUGCUGAAGAAGAUGAGGAAAGAGAUGGCCAACCAUGAUGACGACGAGGACGAUGAAUUAGGUGAAGUAAAAGGGUGUUCUACUCCCCCAACAAGACGCUCGGCUCGGUUGGUUAAAAAUCAGUCUAAAGGGGGACGAGCUACACGCCGGGUUCUCAACUUUGUUGAACCCAAGGAAUGUGAAGGGAGUGAAGAUGAUAUAGAAGAGGAUGAUGAUAUGGAGGAUUUCAUAAAUGAUGAGGAUUCUUCAGAAAAUGCUUUUGAAUCUGCUGAAGAAUCCUGCGACGAACCGCAAGUGUCUGGUACAUCUGUUCUGAUUGAAGAAUCCUCUACAGGAUCAGAAGAGUCUGACAGUGUGGUAGACUAUGCAGAUGUUAUAGCUUGCAUAGGCCGUAAAAACAAAGAUAAAGACUGGAAAUUUGAGGGAGAUAUGCUAGCAGCAUUCGAUGAACAUCCCGAGCUCUGCCUGAAGGCUGUUUGCGCCCUCUAUCGGAAGCAAACCGAAGAGGAACAAAUGCAUAAGGCCACUAUUGUUCAUAACAAGCAGGGAUUUAGCCAGAUACAUGCCCCAAGGGCAUCUGGUAUAGCCGAAUUUCUUCUGGAUGGUGAUCUGUAUGGUCCAGUGAAGAAGACCAUCUCAGACUUAGGAGAGUAUGAUCGUUAUGCUCUUGAGUUCUGUCACAUGAUGGCUUCACAUUACUCAAAGCAACUGUUUGCAAUUUAUCAGAACAAGGAGGACCCUUACUUUCAUCCAUAGCUCUGGGUUACAUGUACACCUUAGGUUGACCUUUUUGUCCCUCGCGGUGUUUUGCCAAAUGUCUGCCUUACCCUUUUCACUCUUUUGUACAUACGUGUUUAGUUGUUGGAUCUUCUGGGGAAGUUAGGACCUGUUAACUCUGGAUGCUUGUGUAGGAAAACGAGUGUCCUAUUGUGUCUGUGUUGUGGUCUUGUGUGUGCCUAAGUGCCUGUGCUGCGCUUCCUGUUUAAUAUACACCCUUAAGAUAAUCUGUUUAUUGGGCAUGAAGCCUCCUCUGCAGCAUAUGUAUGCAUGCCAAAUUACUAUAGCUGCAA